GAUACAUGGGAAAUCAUCCGUAUUCCAACAAAAUAAUCCUUCUAAGAUGAUCAGUGAAGCAAGCUUCUCAGCAGAUGAUGAAAUAUUCGAAGUUCCAAACGAUCCGAGAUACACCGUCAAGUUUUUAAAACAGUCGGAAACCAAUGUAGCUAAUGCAAUUUGGAGUAGACCCUUAGAUCAUCGUGGCAAGUACUAUGGGCACAAGCUUAACCCUGCCGAAUCAAAGGGUCCUGCCACUUUUCCAUAUACAAAUAACACAUCUUCCACAAGCAACAACCGAUCCAACCUUCGACAGUCGAAAGCUCCGAGCAACGUUUUGGAGCAACAGUAUGAAACGCUCCGCAGAUACGGCUACCAGAAUAACAUGCGCGUAGUAAGUGAAAGUCAUUCGUGGGGCCUCUUCAACCCAAUUCAACUAUCCAACCGCAGGCCACAGGAUGAAAUGCCGCAUUUCGAGCAACCGCUCAAUCAUCUGGAUAAAAUUACAUUAUUGAAUAAGGCCGAACUUAACAGAAAACGUGGUAGUGGUUUUGGUUCGUUUUUUGAUGGUUCGCCGAUCAGAACAACAAGGAAUCAUUACUCUGCUACGAAACAUCUUAUGAGAUCGCUAGCGUCACCACCGCCCAUACUUCGACAAAAUGUUCCGGUGGUCGUCAGCGGCGGCUUACAGGUUAUUCCGGCACCAAACCUGCAACGAGGCUCGGUCAGUGGCGAUAACCUAAAAGAUACCAAAUCGAGCAGGAACUCCACGGGCGAAGAGGUGAUGCACAAUAUUAUGUCGAUGACGGCAAGCCAGAUCUGGAAGAACGUCAGUGAGAAAGCCACUGAGACCAAGGAGAAAAGGAUGGCGACGUCUAAAUCCAAAGGUGUCCUGGUAAUCGAGAGGAGAAUCGACGACGAGCCGACUGUCGAGGAGGAAACCAAAGAGGAGCAAGUACCAACGGAAAGUAUGCCAUUCACCAGCAGUACUGCCACGCCUAUUAUGGCCAAUAAAACCGAUAAGGUCGAGGCCAAGAUAAAGGAGGCCGUUCGAGAAAUGAUGGGCUUGUUUAGCCUGUGGUAGCACAAGGUGGUCAGCAUACAGUUGCUUAGAGAGUUAGAGGAGAAGCAGAAACACAAGAAGACGAAAAGGAGUAAAAAGAGCGAAACUGAUUUGAAUAACCGAUAACAGUAUAAGCUUAAAUAUAAGUGCGGAGGCGAGCGAGAGUUAACUUACUCGAUAAGGACCGCUAUGCACAAGUGAAAGUUGUUUUUGAUGUACAAUUUUCAGAGUUUAAUGUAAUUACACGUUUGUUUUAUACAGAAAUCCGAGUAUUUUUUAUACGCACUUGCUGCAAGCUGUUAUUAUAUUCGUUAUGAGUGAUACGAUCGUAGCGAUUGUGCAGACCUAAGUAGAUGUAAAGAUGUACAAACAAAAUUAUAUGCAUGAAUAUAACGUAACUAAGAAUGUAUGUAUACCAUAUUUUAAUAUAUUUGUUGUUGUGAAACUUUAAUAAUAAAUAAGU